AUGGAAGGACAGAAGAUCAAACGCUCAAAGAACAUCAUGGCUCAAUCAACAUAUCAAUCGGUGGUUUUGGCCAAACGUCCUACUGCUCAGAUUGUCCCAGGAGAGACAUUUGAGAAGAAGGAGAAUCCAAUGGUGACGGAGGCAGAUCUUAAGGAUGAUCAAGUGUUGGUUGAAGUGUUAUACCUUUCAUUGGACCCAGCCAUGAGAGGUUGGUUAAAUGAUGCAAGAUCAUAUGUCCCACCUGUUCAGAUUGGAGAGGUGAUGCGUGGUAUUUCAAUUGGAAAGAUUAUCGCCAGCAAGUCAUCGAAUUUCAAUGUCGGCGAUUACGUAUCCGGUGUUACAGGAUGGACAGAAGUCGCCAUCAUGGAUUCCAAGGAUCUCACACCCAUUGAUCUUCCACCUAACGGCAAACUCACCGAUGCACUUGGUGUUCUUGGAGUGACUGGUCUCACUGCUUACUUUGGAAUCCUCGAGGUUGGAAAGGUCAAGGCCGGAGACUUCGUUGUGGUUUCUGGUGCCGCUGGUGCUACCGGAAGUGUCGUUUGUCAGAUUGCCAAGCUUAAGGGAGCGACGGUUUUAGGUCUCGCAGGAAGUGAUGAUAAAGUUCAAUGGUUGAAGGAAUUAGGUUGUGAUGAUGCUUUGAACUACAAAGACGAGCAAUUUGCUUCCAAGUUCAAGGCUGCUACGCCAAACUUUAUUGAUGUAUUCUUUGACAAUGUUGGAGGAGACAUUUUGGAACUUGCUCUUAGUAGAGCUAAGCCAUUCUCAACUUUUGUUAUGUGUGGUGCCAUCAGUCAAUAUAACUCUAAAGCUCCAGUAGGACCUAAGAACUUCUCGAUGAUCAUCACAAUGCGUAUUCGUCUCCAAGGUUUUAUCGUCUUCGACUUUGCAUCUAAAUAUGCGGAAGCUCGUAAGGACAUGUCUCAAUGGUUGGCGGAAGGCAAACUUCAAAGAAAGGAGACAAUUCUUAAGGGUGGACUUGGUGUUGCUGAGCAAGGUUUAUUAGAUUUGUAUCAAGGUAUCAAUACUGGGAAAUUAUUGGUCGAGAUUAAGGAAGAUAGUUCAGUUGGAUCCCGUUUGUAA